UUAUAAGAGGCUGCAGGGACGAGUAGAGAGCGGAGCUAAAGACACUAAAUACGGAAGGAGUUGUUGGAUCGCGUUCUUUUUGUUCUGAGGAGCUCAGUGAAGGGCAGCCAUGCGUCUCAUAGGCUCCACUGUCCUGUUCAGUGUCCUGCUGCAGGCUUUGGGCGCCCCGACAGAGGACUGGAGCUCGGCCACGUCCAUUUACGACUUCUCAGCUACCGACAUCGACGGCAACGUGGUCUCUCUAGAAAAAUACAGGGGCAACGUGGUCAUCAUCACCAACGUGGCGUCCAAAUGAGGCAAAACGCCCGUAAACUACUCUCAGUUUGCCGAGAUGCACGCCAAGUACGCUGAGAGAGGUUUACGCAUCCUCGCCUUCCCUUCCAACCAGUUUGCCAACCAGGAACCAGGUACUAACGCCGAGAUCAAGCAGUUUGCGCAGUCGUACAACGCUCGCUUCGACAUGUUCAGCAAGAUCGACGUCAACGGCCCUGAUGCUCACCCGCUGUGGAAAUGGCUGAAGGAGCAGCCCAACGGGAGAGGCUUCCUGGGAAAUGGCAUCAAAUGGAAUUUCACAAAGUUUCUGAUCAACAAAGAGGGUCAGGUGGUGAAGCGAUAUGGGCCCAUGGAUGAUCCAAGCGUGAUUGAGCAGGAUCUUCCGCCGUAUCUGAGCGCCUAAAUCAUCCAUACCUCGCUAUCUCGACAUUGUCUCAUUUGUUUCCGUACUCCGCCUCUCUCUCUCUCUCUCUCUCUCUGAGCAUCGGUCGAUAAGGGUUCGGCUCGACCCCGGACGUGUGACGGUCUGCCCGUAAAGCCGUCCGACGGAGAGGGCAGACCCGAUGCAAUUGGCGUGCAAAUCUGCCGGGGACGAUCGCCGAGCUUUUGUUAAUUUUCGUGGCCCGGGGAGAAGGAGACACAGAGAAAACGGAUGAAAUGUAGCAUCGUUUGCAUAGCAACACUGGAAUUGAGGCUAAUGAGCUUCAGUAGUACUGUCAUUCAAGUGUAAAGAGAAGUUAACACCUGUCUAAUAAAACUGAAAUAAAGUACAACUACUCACCCUUUGAAGAUGGCUUACAGACAUGUAGCCUGUUAUGGACAAUAAAACCAUGCCAUUUGUUGGCAAGUGUCUUGUA